CUCAUGCUGCUCCUCGGCAUGCUGAGGCUGCGGGGUUUUCUCCUCGUGACCGGGCCGUCCCGCGCGCCCAGUAAUGGAGGCUCCAUAUGAUGGUAGUGAAGUAACUGUAGUAAUGGAGGAGAUAGAAGGUACAUACACCUAUGCAUCUCCAGUUCCAUCUAAAAAGAAGAAGAAAUAUAGAAGUCCUGGAGAUCAAGGGGAAAAAACUAAAAAACCCAGAUCUGCGUACCUUCUGUACUAUUACGAUAUAUACCUGAAAGUUCAACAGGAGCUGCCACAUCUUCCUCAGUCUGAAAUUAACAAGAAGAUCAGCGAAAGCUGGAGGCUGCUCAGUGUGGCUGAGAAAAGUUAUUAUUUGGAGAAGGCCAAAUUAGAGAAAGAAGGUUUAGACCCGAACUCGAAGUUGACUUCCCUGACUGCUGUAGUUCCUGACAUUCCAGGUUUCCGUAAAAUCCUCCCUCGUUCAGAUUACAUCAUUAUUCCCAAAAGCACUCUCCAAGAGGAGAGGAGUAAGCAGCACUUGGAACUCUGCGGGGCCCAGGGCCAAACAGCAUCGGAAGGACUGACAGUGUCUGCUAAUGUCACAGGUGCUUCCCACAGUGCUGUGCAGAACAUCCUUUCUGUAGAAUCCAGCCAAGUUGGCAUUUCUGAACAGUGCAUUGCCAUUGAAGGGGUUGCAGAAGACCCAGCCUCAUUUGUUCAGUCAGACACGAUAGAAGAAGUUGUUGCAUCAGAAAUCUUGUCUCACUACACUCAACCUACAGUACAUAAUGUAGCUGGAGAUAUCAUCCUGGAUGAGACCCCUUUGGAAGUAGGGGACAGCUAUUCUUAUCAAACAGCCAGUGUGGUUAUUGAAGAGACUUUGGUUAACAGCUCCUCAGAUGCCUCCAAUGGGAGUGUUAGUGUGGCACAACCACAGGUUUCAGACAGUCUCUCUGUGGUAACAGUGCUGACCAGAAGAGAUAGAGAAGAAAGUAAUACUUCAACGCCUACCGCACAGUUCAUUAUGCUACCUCUGCCAGCCCAUUCCGUUCUAGAAAAUCCAGCAUCAAUCAAACUGACAACUACUUAUACUCGCAGAGGCCAUGGAAAUUGCUCCAAUCCUGGCUGUUCCUUCACCUAUGUGACCAGACACAAGCCACCAAAAUGCCCUCUGUGUGGAAACUUCCUGGGGGGGAAAUGGAUCCCAAAGGAGAAGCAGACAAAAGGCAAAUCUGAGCCAAAUUCAGGCAUGCCUAUAAAAGCAUUGGCACCCAAAAGAAGUCAGCCACCAAUAGCCUUAGGAUCAGCAAUGGUACAGGAUGGUGCUUCGAAAUGCACUCUCGAGGUCUCUGAAGCUGUUAGCCAGCUACUGAAUGCCGCUCCUGCUGGGGAGCAGAUGCAAGAGAGUGAGUGGGAAGAAGUGAUAAUCUCUGAGGCUCAUAUCCUUGCCAAUAACGUCCCACCAGAGGAUCAAGGGAGUGCCCCUGCCGUUAUUCAGCUUCAGGAGAGCUCAGCGUGCGCAGACUCUUUGUCAGAACAGAAGGAGAGGGAGAAGGAAGGGCUGGAGACCCAGCCGCCAUCCACCGAAGGGGUGAAUUCUGCAAAUGCGCUUUCAAACCCAACAACUGCAGUGAAACAAACAAUAGGAGCUGAUGUUCUUGGCACUGCACCCAAAGGCCAGGAGCAGAAGAGCAAAACAAGACCUAAGCCAUCUUUGCUGGCAGCUGCAAGACCCAUGAGAGCAAUUUUGCCUGCACCUUUUGGCAUGGCGAGGGAAACCAAGGCAGAGCAACCCAGUUGUCGACAGUCAUUUUCAAAUAAUGAAAAAAAUUCCCCUGUAAGAAUCUCCAGACUGAAACCUAAUACUCUGAAGCAGCUGGGGCAGUCUCCCUUGCCCAGUGUAGAAGAACACAAGCUCCCUGGCAACACAAACAGCUCAGCAUCUCAGGUGAAAGUGGUGGAGGUGAAGCCAGAUGUAUUCCCUUCUUAUAAGUACAGCUGCACUGUAACCCUGGAUCUGGGGCUGGCAACGUCACGAGGUAGAGGGAAGUGUAAGAACCCUUCUUGCAGCUAUAUAUACACAAAUCGGCACAAGCCACGGAUCUGCCCCAGCUGUGGCUACAAUCUUGCCAAAGACAGAACUGAGAAAACAGUGAAAUCUCUGGAGGCCACCGCUGGCCCCAGAGAUGUACUGAACACCAGUGAGCCUUUAAUUCAGUCCCAAAAAGAAGUCCAGCGUCAAUCUACUCUGCAGCUUCUACGGAAAGUAAUACAGAUCCCAGAGAAUGAAUCUGAGCUGGCUGAUGUAUUUGCACUGAUCCAUGAACUCAACAGCUCACGACUCAUCCUGUCCAACAUGAAUGAGGAGACAGUCACCAUUGAGCAAACCUCUUGGUCAAACUACUAUGAGUUUCCUUUGUCCCAGUGUCUUCUUUGUAGCAGCCCCUUAUUCAAAGGGGGCUUGAAUUCCCUUGCAGGCCCUCAGGAGUGCUGGUUGCUGACAGCUAGCCGGCUGCAAGUGGUCACUGCUCAACUCAAGGUGUGUGUGAACGUGCAGUGCUUGGCCCUCCACAGUUUCAAUGAUAUAUACACAGGCUUGUUUAAUGUGGGUAACAAGCUUUUGGUGAGCCUGGACCUUCUGUUCACCAUAAGAAAUCACAUUAAACUUGGCGAGGAUCCUAAGGUGGCUGUCAGCAGUAUCUUGGAAUCUGUGCAGGAGCAGACUGAGAAAACUCUGAGUCCUGAGGAGUUGAGUCAGCUUGAGGAGCUGCUGUGCAAUGGAUAUUGGGCCUUUGAAUGCCUUACUGUCCGGGACUAUAACGAUAUGAUCUGUGGUAUCUGUGGUAUUGCACCCAAAGUUGAGAUUGCCCAGAGGAAUGUGGAAAAUGUUUUGUUACUGAAAAAUAUUGAGUUUACUUGGCCAGAAUUCUUAGCAUCUAGUGAAGUAAAUGUGGAAGAUUUCUGGUCUACUAUGGAGACUGAAGUGAUAGAGCAAGUGGCGUUUCCUUCCAGCAUCCCUAUCACAAAGUUUGAUGCCUCUAUCAUAGCCCCCUUUUUCCCUCCACUGAUGAGGGGCUCUGUGGUUGUCAACACAGAGAGAGAGAAGAACUUUGAAGCGCAUAUGAUGCCAGGCAAUGCAAGUGUCCUGGUGAGGCUGAUUCAGGAUGAAACCUGUAAAAUGGAGCAGAUUGGUUCUUACAGCAAAGAAGAGCUACAGAAUUUCUUGACACAGUGCGGUAUUCCCUGGGACGCAGAUGACUCAAAGGAGCAACUCUGCCUUUCUCUGCUGGCUCUGUACGAUUUUGUACAGAACGGGACACAGAUCAAACAGCCCCCAGCACAUUUGACUGGAGGAAAAAUCUACAAAGUGUGUCCACACCAGGUCUUGUGUGGCUCAAAAUACAUUGUGAGAGGGGAAAGUCCCCGGGACCAUGUGGAUCUCCUAGCCUCUUCACGCCACUGGCCACCAGUCUAUGUGGUAGACUUGGCCACUUCUGUGGCACUGUGUGCAGAUAUCUGCUAUCCUGACUUGACUGCUCAAAUGUGGGGGAGGAACCAGGGGUGCUUCUCUGACCCUAUGGAGCCUUUAAGGUAUGUGUCCUGCCCAGAACUUCUGGACAGACACUACAAUGUGGAUAUGACCAGUGCUGAACAUUCUAUUCAGCACCCAGUCACCAAAUCUGCAUCCCGCCGAGUAGUUUAUACUGGGACAGAGCCAAGCACUCAGAGUGACCCCACAGCCCGACAUCAUUCCCUCUCCCUCUGCCGAGAACUGGAACCCUACGGGGCCAUCAUCGCUGCCAUCAAUGACAGCAAAACGAGUAACAUUCGGCAGAGGCCUAUAACCUUUGACAGUGCGACCCACUAUUACCUCUACAAUCGCCUGAUGGAUUUCCUCUCUAGCCGUGAGGUUGUGAACAGGCAGAUUCAUGAGAUUGUGCAGAGCUGUCAGCCUGGUGAGGUGGUGAUUCGGGAUACCUUAUACCGCCUGGGUGUGGCCCAGAUCAAAACAGAAAUGGAGGAAGAUGAAGAAAUCCAAAGAGAGGAUGGUGUUGCGUAAUCAACUCUGAAGUGGUCGUCUUCUAGCCAUAAA